GUUCAUUUUCCAGAGAUGAGGAUUGAGCUGGCCCACUGCAGGGCACCAGCAUAUGUAAAGCUUCCGUCUGAAUCUAUAUCCUCUCUCUCUCUCUCUAUAACUAUCGGUCUUGAACAGGGUUUGGCAAAAACCAUCAAAUCUUGCAAAAAUCAGUGGCGAUAAACGUUUCGAUUUGGCAGCUUAUCUGAAACGUUACCAUCAGACAGCUGCUCAUGGAUUCUAAUUCGCAAAAGGAUGCUCCGAAGUCUGGCAAUUCCGGUGAAAAGGUUGAUACGACAGAUAGCAAAAGUGUGAAAUCUGAAACAUCUUCCGAAGCUGGGUUUGCUGCGAAUCCUGCGAAUCCUUUUGAUUUCUCGGCUAUGUCUGGCCUGCUCAAUGACCCUAGCAUUAAAGAGUUGGCUGAACAAAUAGCAAAAGAUCCUUCGUUUAACCAGAUGGCAGAGCAGCUCCAAAAGACGUUCCAUGGUGCAGGAGCAGCAGAGGAUGCUAUCCCUCAGUUUGAUACACAACAAUACUAUUCAACCAUGCAACAGGUUAUGCAAAAUCCACAAUUUAUGACGAUGGCUGAGCGUCUUGGUAAUGCACUGAUGCAGGAUCCAUCCAUGUCUAGCAUGCUUGAGAACCUGACAAAUCCUUCACACAAAGACCAGCUAGAAGAACGAAUGGCCCGUGUCAAGGAGGAUCCAACCUUGAAACCAAUUUUAGAGGAGAUUGAGUCAGGAGGUCCAGCUGCAAUGAUGAGGUACUGGAAUGAUAAAGACGUUCUACAGAAGUUGGGUGAAGCAAUGGGUCAUGCAGUUGGUGGUGAAGCUGCUACCUCUACUGAUAUGUCUGGGCCAGAUGAAACAGAUGAGGCUGGAAAUGAGGAUGAAUCCAUUGUUCAUCAGACUGCUAGUGUUGGUGAUGCGGAGGGCUUGACCAAGGCACUGGCCUCUGGUGCUGAUAAAAAUGAAGAGGAUUCAGAGGGAAGGACAGCGCUGCAUUUUGCAUGUGGCUAUGGUGAGGUAAAGUGUGCUCAAAUCCUUCUUGAGGCCGGGGUGAUGGUGGAUGCUUUGGAUAAGAAUAAGAACACUGCUCUCCAUUAUGCUGCCGGUUAUGGCAGGAAGGAGUGUGUAGCCCUACUGCUGGACCAUGGCGCCGCUGUCACACUUCAGAAUUUGGACAGCAAAACUCCCAUUGAUGUCGCCAGGCUGAACGGCCAGCAUGAAGUACUGAAGCUGCUGGAGAAAGACGCUUUUGUUUGAGCCGAAAGGCGAAGGUGGCUUCUUUGCACGUGUACUUCUGGACAUUUUAUAGUGUUUUUUUCCCCACCCCUUCUGAUACAUAAAUGGCUUGUUUGAUGGGAGCAAGGGUGUUGUAAUUCAACUUGGAGCUUUUGUCUAUGUUCUGUUUGAUGCUCUCUGGUUAAAAUUGCUUACAUCUUUGGUAAAUUCUGUCGGAUUACACAAUCAAAUACCAGAUACAUGAGGAAUUUCAGACA